AGUCAUUGCCGCUCAGUGUUUCGUAUAAAUAGAAUUAAAGAAUUCGAUCAUCAACAGUCUCCGAAAUUCAAACUUAUACAACUUAUAAAAAGAAAUCUGAAAAUUUUUAUAAUGUCUUCUUUGAACUCAUCAGAGACGCCCACCACAAGCUCUGCUGUGCAGAAGCAAACUUCAAAUGAUCAAGAAUGUACCAUGAGCGAUGCCCAGAGUUUUGAGGGGAUCGAUAAUCGCCUCAAGUCCCUUCUGGCUCGCUUGACAACUCUGGAGAAUUCGCUGGCAGAGUUGAGCCUGCCUCUUCAGUCUUACUUCGAAGGAGAUCAAGGAGACACCGAUCAGGAUUUUGAAACUUUGCAGGAUGCGUUGGACGUUCAGGAUCAUGAACUUUCGGACUUGGUGGCUGACGAAGAUAUUGGAGACAAGAAAGAUGUCGAUGAUGUUAAAGAAUUAAAGGAUGAAGACCCAGAGAAUUCGUAAGGAAUUUGUCUGCAUGACUUAAAUGUUUUUCGUGUUAUUUGAUUUAAGGGCAUUAAACUAUUGAGAAUGGUGU